AUGGUACCGAGUGUGGACGUCCUCACUGAAUUGAAAUCCAUGAAGGAGCAAAUAAAAGUGAUGAAGGAGGAAAUAAAUGAGCUAAGGAGAGAGAACAGAGAGCAGACCAAUCAACUGGAAACUCUGAAUGCCUGCGUGAACACUACACGCCCCGGGAUCGAGGAAGUGCUGCCAGGAAAUAAAGACAUCAGAGUGGCUUUUUCUGCAUUUCUGCUGGAAACCUCAAAAGGACCCACAAACAUCGGACCUUUUGGCUCUAUGACAGUGCUCGCUUAUAAACACGUCUUUCUAAAUAUCGGAGAGGCAUAUAACCCACACACGGGAGUUUUCACAGCUCCUCUGAAGGGUGUUUAUGUGUUCAGAGUUUUCUCCAAGGGGAUUGGAUCCUCGGCACAGUCCUCGACGUCAGGCUUGUUCCUGAACGGCAAACACGUGUUCUCCACUCACGCUCAUCAAAGUGCAGGAUUUUACAGCUCAUCUAAUGGAGCCAGUCUGCCACUGGAGAAGGGAAACACUGUUGAUGUCCGUCUUUAUGGCGGAAGCUGGAUAUUCGACAACGGAGAACACCAUCACAGCUCGUUUAGCGGCCAUCUGCUUUUCCCACUGUGAGAAAGAAAUACAGGAAAAGCUUCAGACGACACGUAAGGCUGUGAUCAGGAUGUUGAUGGGAGCAUUACUUGUAAUUGUAGCUAAUUAAAUGGUAAGAAUUUUUAUGUUAAAAGGAUAU